AUGCUGACGUGUAUUCCCUGCUCCAAGCAGCAGCUCAACAAUGGAUCUCUGCCGCACCAGGACGACGACGACGGCGUCGUCGCCACUCCCCGGACGAAGCAAGCCCUCAAGGCUCUCACUGCUCAGAUCAAGGAUAUGGCAUUGAAGGCGUCGGGAGCGUACAAGAACUGCAAGCCGUGUGCGAGGCCGUGCGGCGACCACCGGAACCGGAACUGCGCGGAUUCCGACACGGCGUCGGAGUCGGCAAAGUUUCACUGCUCGUACCGGAGGACCGGGAGCGCGAAUUCGACGCCGAGGAUGUGGGGGAAGGAGAUGGAGAGCCGGCUGAAGGCGCUUUCGAGCGGCGAAGGGACGCCGACGUCGGUGAGUGGGAGGACGGAGUCUGUGGUGUUGGUGGAGGAUGAUGAGCCGAAAGAGUGGGAAGCGCAAGUGGAGCCUGGUGUGCUCAUCACUUUUGUUUCUCUGCCCCAAGGAGGAAAUGAUCUCAAGCGCAUUCGAUUUAGCCGGGAACUGUUUAACAAAUGGCAAGCUCAAAGGUGGUGGGCAGAGAAUUAUGACAAGGUCAUGGAAUUAUACAAUGUGCAAAGAUUUAAUCACCAAGAAGUCCCACUUCCAACACCUCCUAGAGAUGAAGACGAGAGUUCAAAGGUUGAAUCUUCGAGGGAAAGUCCUGUGACUCCCCCAAUGAACAAAGAACGCCUGCCCCGCAACAUUCAUCGGCCAAUGGGUGUGGGGUACUCUUCAUCGGAUUCACUUGACCACCAUCCAAUGCAAUCCCGUCAGUACUGUGACACCAGUGGUUUAGCUUCAACACCUAAACUUUCCAGCAUCAGUGGAGUCAAAACUGAGUCAUCAUCAAUAGAUGGUUCUAUAAGGAGUAGUUCAGAGGCAGAUCGCUCAGAGGUUUCAAUUAGCAACGCCAGUGAUAUGGAGACUGAAUGGGUUGAGCAGGAUGAACCAGGAGUGUACAUCACUAUCAGAGCAUUGCCAGGUGGGGGUCGGGAGCUCAGACGUGUCCGGUUCAGCCGUGAAAAGUUUGGUGAAAUGCAUGCGAGAUUGUGGUGGGAAGAAAAUAGGGCCAGGAUUCAGGAGCAGUACUUAUGACUUAGAAGUUAGCACAAGUUUGACAUGGCGGUGCAUGGGAAUUGCAUUUCCCCUUGAAAAUGACAUUAAAAGGAGCUGUAUUCUU